CCAAUACCAUUUCCUUACAGAUGAAAACGCCUAUCAUGAAGUUCGUUUGUCUCCUCUUGGCCGCGAAACUUCUCUGGUCACCUGUUUGCCUCAGUAUCUCGGUGCUAAGACUGAGUGACACUACUGAUUACUGCAGACUAGCGAACUCACACCUUAGCUGUGAUUUUACAGGUGUUGAUGAGCCAGUGUAUGCUGAAGAAGGCUACUUGGAAAACAUCGAUUCUGUUGAAUGUCGAGGGCCACUUGUUCUCCAUUUGCCUGAGAACGCUUGCAUUAAGAAUAUGACAAUUCAACACACAAAGAAAGUGGUGGUAACAGGAAAAAGUUGGAAGAGAAUUUGCAAUGAAUGUCACUUGUUUGUUAAGAAUACCACCAUGACUGCCAUCCCUCUCACCACAACGCACCUCCAUGCUAAGGGUUCAACCUGCUAUAAAAUGACACUGCAUCCCAAAAUGAAACACGUUUCUGUCGUCAACUCGCGGGUUUCACUCUUGGCCAUUGACCAGUUUCUAAAUAACUCUGUUGUGGUGAAUAUAACAAACACCACAGUGCAUUACGUGAACAGUCUAUCAGCAUCUAAUAACGCGAAAAUACAGUUUUUAACAAGUGACAUUGCAUACAUGCGACUAGACAAGACUGCACUUCAGGAUAACGCUGCUCUCGUCAUGGUCAACAGUAGAAUCAGAACAGGAGACAAUCAGAAAUUACUAGUUCCCCCGGGUGUCAGUGUAACAUUGGAUAGGCUAGACAGCAAACUUGAAAUAAGGGCUGUUGGCAUAAUUCCAGCAUCGGAAACAUCGCAGUCACCCGAAUCAUGCAAUGGGAUAAACACAAAGGAAUCUACUACGCAUUAUUUUGUACAAUUUGUAAUUUUCUGCACUUCCACACAGGCAUUAUCCACUACGAUGUCACUGAUGUAUAUUCUUACCGCCAUGAUAAACAUGUCUAUAUUCUUCACUCUGGUGGCACUAGGAGACGAGACUUUCGAUAUCCCAACAAAAGUUUCACUACAUUCACCUUUUUGCACCUUCACGCGACCGACAUUACGUUGCGAUUUUCGUGGGACUGAACAGCCUGUCUUCUUGGAAUCAAACCCUUUUGGUGACAAGACCGGGAGUAGCAACUUGAUCGUGUUUUUUAGCAAUGCAAAGCUCCUCAUCCUGGACAGGCAUUUGUGCACCAAUAUGGUGUUGCGAAAUGUAGAAAAGAUUAUAGUUAAGGACAGUAAUAACAGUGAGUCAUGUGCUCAUAAGAAACUGAGAAUCCAAAACGUUCACAUGAAUAGUCUGCCUCAUGGUCUCACUGAUAUAUAUAUGGAUAGUUCAACCGUUGAUGUCUUUCAUCAUGAGGGAACUAAAUUACAAACACUUACCAUCAUCAACUCUAUCAUUCAUCAUAUUGAUAUAGAUACUGAUAUAACACAAGGAUCAAUUAAGGUACACUCAUCAAAAAUUGAUGUUAUACGAAGACUAUUUGUGAAUAACACAAAUCAAGUUCAGUUCUACAAGUCGGUGGUUAAUUACAUUCCUGAACAUAGUUUUCAACUUCAAUAUUGUUCAGUAGACCUCAGUGGGAGUGAAAUUACCCAUUACUCCAAUACUAGCAUCAUCAUAUGUUAUCCAAAGGAUUUGCAGAACGAAAAUUUUCAUGGUUAUUAUACUUGUUCAGAUCAUAAGGUAAUAGAUAGGUAGAUACUCUAAACCUACAAACUUUGUGUUAACUAUUAUUUACAUAGGGUGUUAUAUCAGUAUGUCACCAGUUAGAACAGAGAUAAAGAGACAAUAAUUAUUAUGGGUGUACUGUAUAAACACUUAAAAACCUAUAAGAUGUUGUAAAUGUAUACAGUGAGGGAGGUAAAGUGGUAGUAUACUCCAAAAUCCAAGGUGUUUUGUAGACACAAGAGAGCUGAUGAGUGAUGAGUGGGAUUAAGGACUAAAAUCCGUAUUACUGGCGGAGGAAACCUCACCAAUGUUGUGUCCUGACACCACCAUGAGUUCUUAAAAGCCUUUAAUGGGAAUGAAUGUACUUAGCUGCAUGUUUAAGGUGAGGUACUGAACUCAUUCAGUUUUCUAAUUGGUGAAGUUACAUUAUUAGAAAUCCUAUAAGAAUAAAAAAUAUAUAGGUACAUACAUGAGGAUGAGAAGUCUUUGAGCAAUAAAUGGAUGCUGCACAAGAUAUAAUGAGAGACAAGUGUCAACAUAACAUUGAAAACAUAAAGGAAAGAGUUGUUCUCAAGAAGCAAAUUUUAAGAUAGUUGCUUCAAGCAUACAUACAUUUUAACGGUUACACUAAACAGGUUGAUCCUACAACUUACACAAGAGGAGAAUAACACUGUAGUGAGCAGACUAAACAAAACAACUAUCAGACCAUUGAGAAUCACCAGGGAUUUAGGAGCUUAAGUCUGUGAAAAAUAAUUGAGAUACAAAUUAAUUUAUGUGAGAAAUAUAUUGAGAAUAAUUGAACAUAUAAUGUGUAAUAAAACAUCACCAAUAUUGAAGAAGAAUCUCCCAAGCAAUCAAAGGGCUAAGGAUAAACGAGGGGAAAUCUUGCGAGAGCAGCCACAAAGUUUCAGAAAUUUAUCUGUUACAAGGUGGGAAUCAUGAUGAGGAUGUUUCCUAAGAUUUUAUUGUUAACUAUAAGUGGAACAAAUAUAUCUAUAAUUAGUUCUG